UUAUUUAUGAUAUAAAAAUACAGGAAUUACGUUUGUAAAUAUAAAUUAUAACAAGUUGUCAAGAUAUAAUUUCUAUUCAUCCAAUUCGUAUGUCUUUUUUACGUAGCAACAGUUUCUAUUUUCCCUUUACUUUUUGCAAUAACGAGGCUUUGUAAAAUAUUUUAUUUCGCAUAUAAAUUUCUGAUAAAACAAAAAUUGAACCUGAGACUUUAUAUUAAUUUAAGAAUACAUUCCGUAUUAUUAUUUUAGACUUAAUCUAUUUACGUCAUGAAACACACUGUUGUUUUAAUUAAAAUUGCAAAUAUAUGAUAAAUAUUUGUGUUUCGCAGUACGUAUUGUUAAUCUCAAUCAGCCUCAAUCAGUAUCUGUUAUACAUACUUAACAAUGUACUUUUUAAUCUUUAAUUUCAUUUACAUUUAUAUUUCUUGCGUGUUAUUAUACAUAAUCCUAAAUACGUAUUGAUGAUUAAAUAAAAACAACACAUUAUAUAGAUAUGGCAAGUUUGCUGUACUGAUACCGAUAGUAUUGCUAAAUGAUUCUUGAAGAUACAGAGCUCACAGGUUAAUUAUGAUACGUAUUUGGUUUAGAACAUGGUAGACGUUACAACGGCUUUACCAUCCAAUGGAGGGGGGUCGUUAAUUGGACGUACCAGAGGUGCUCUCAGAUCCGUGCGAUCAGCUUUGGGAGGAAGCGGAGAGUAUCUUCAAGGCCUAGGGAAUAGAAUAGGAUCCGCUCUUAGUAGCAGUUUAGAGGAAAGUGAAUUGACUACAACCCCUUCUUCGCCACCCUCGUCGCCGCAAGCGUUACCGCAGGCUGUCAAGCCAGAGGAGCAAUUAGGACGGCGGAAACUGAGGCUUCCGAGAUUUGGCGCGGGAUUAUGUUACGAGGAUUAUGAGGCAAUAGCGCGGCACAAAUUGGAGCGACAAGUAACCGGCAAUCUUUCCAGAACACGGAAGUAUCCGCCCGGAAUGACGUACGAGGAGAUAGCGUCUUCGAGAUCGGUCUCGAAUAAAAAGCAAGAGAGCCGAACGGAACAGGAGGUCAAUCAGGAUAUCAGUCCUGAUCGGGACAGCCAGGAAAGUAUAGAGCCUCUUCAAGAGCAGGACAUUAAAGCGACCGGGCCCGAUCCUUACGAGAAGUUGAAUUACAGAGCAGCGAGGGCGCCGACCCGCUAUCAGACGGUUGUUUUCCGUUUAGACAUACCUUGUAGUAGUGAUUCUACGAGCGAUCAAGAUGGAUAUGGACCCAGCACUAGUUUAGAUUCCAACAUGGAUGGUCGUAGAAUGUGGCAGAGAUCAGGAUCAUCAGGUUCUGUUCAGUCCUGGGCCUCGAGCUUAUCGGCUGAUAGUCAGUCGGAGGAAGCAGCCGCGGACUUUAUGAAAGCUUUCGUACCUCUGUUAUUCGAUGCACCUAAUAGUAUCGAUCAAGAGCAAAAGGCUAAUUUUGGACAAAUGGUCUUGACCGAAUCGGGAAGAAUAUGGUUCUCUAGAGUGGUGAAUGCGAGAAGAGCGCGUGCUUGUGUUACGGAAGCUUCAUUUUAUUCCUUGGCACAACAUUUCGCGGUCGCUCUGUUUGAAUGUCACGAGGCGGACGACUUUGCACCCGCAAAAAGUCUCAUGAACAUGUGCUUCACUUUUUAUCACGAAGUCGAAGUUCCUGGGUUAGAGCCCUAUCGUGAAUAUUUGUACACGCAUUUACGCGUUCAACCGAUAUGGACGUCCAUGAGAUUUUGGACGGCUGCGUUUUUCGAUGCGGUUCAAUGUGAGCGAGCAUCAAGACCGGUACCGCCUCGACCAAAAUCCUUAGAUCAAGAAAGCAUCGCCGCCGAAGAUCGAAAGUUUCAAGCAAACAUUGUCUUCGGACAGUUAGGGACCUUUACUUGCAACAUGCAUGCUUUCGGCCUGUCACGAGCUUUAUGCAUGGAGUUUCUCCGAAAACAAUGCAUCAUUGCAAAUUUAACCAAAGAACAAGAGAAGAUGCUGCGAGAUAACAUAGAUCGAAUGUUUGAUGAGACCGAGCCAUGGCGGUAGUUUAAUUUGAGUGCGAAUAAGAUCGAUUUUGAAAAAAUACUUUUAAGAGGGAAUUUACCUAAUAUUUCUUCUUGAAAAUAUUUUCAAAAUAAAUCGAGUCAUCUUUAUAAGAUCGAAAAAACGGCAAAGUCAAUUACGAACGAAAUUUUGUUAAUAUUGUUGAUGAAAAUCAACAUUUGUUGAAUCUUACGCCGCAUUUGACACUGGACACGUCAAUUUCUGAGAUUCAAGUAUUGCACAAAUUCGCGCGCCUUAAAAAUUAUGAGAAGUAUAUAUGUAUUAUUGUAUAUCUUACUAAAAUAACAGUUCUUACGUAUCAAACAUAUACAAUAGUUCUAUAAAUUCGCGCAUAAAGAAAUUAAUUCUAUAACAGAAAUUAAGAGAAAUUGAAAUCUGACAGAGAAAAAUUUGUUUUGGAAUAUUUAUAAAUUUUAAAAUAAAACGUUAGAAUUUACACGGAGCGAUGAGAUAAAUUUAAGGACAGAAAUGACAAUAAGAUUUGAAAAUGGAACUGCAUUAUUGACAGCUUAAUCGCAAAGUGUAGUUUAUUGAGUGCAAUUUAUUAUGAUAAGCAACAAAAUGAAAGAAAAAAAUGUUCUCCUUAGUAGAGGGCGUAAUUCAUAAUUCGAUAUAUAUAUAUAUAUGAAUGAUUCUCGAUAUAUCAAAACUCAUUUUAUGCAACUCUUAAAUAAGGAUCGAUACACAUAUAUUUUCUUAAAUAACUCUUAUUUUAUAACUCAUAUACGAUUAUUUAUCUAUGUAGUUUCUUUUAUUCUAUUCUAAUCACAACAUUUAACAUAUAUAUAUAAAGAAGUUUUGAUGUAUCGAGUAUUAGCUGUAAUGUAAAAUUAAGAUCUGCAGUAUUCUUAUAAUUAAAUUCGUCGUUUUUACAUCCUGAAAUUAGUGGCUACAGGAUAUAGCUAAUCACAAAAACGCAAAUUAUAGACAGAUGUUACUUUGUAUUUUCAUUGCUUCUUUGCUAGAAAGUAGUAAACACAAAUCUUUAUGAGUUAUAAUUUUUGCAUUAAUUUACCGAUGUAUGACUGAAUAUUAUACAGUUUGUAAGUGGAAUUUACAAAAAUGUAAGCAAGUAUUUCUUUGCCAUUAUUAAAUAGAAAUAUCAAUACUUGUUCCUCUAAUAGCGAGUGCCAGCUAAUUGUAAUCAACAGUUUGCGCAUUCCAAUGCCUUGUUAUCACACAUCAUGCAUUGUAAAUAAUUUAAAAGAAAAGCUUGUAUCUAAACACAUAUCAUCAAAUGCAAAUCAAUGCUCUAUUUUAUUUUACAUAUGUCUCUAUCUGCGAUAUUUGAAAAUAUAAAAUCAACAAAUACUAAAGCUAAAUAAAUUUUGUCGUCACAUCAAA